AUGAAUAAAAGAAAUCGUAACAAUCGUAACGGGGUCGUUAGAUGGAGAAAGGAGAGACCGUAUGAGCGAGGUGAAGAUGGGAGUGGAAGGGAAAGAGGUGAUGAAUUGAAGAUGAGAAAGAAAGAGGCGGGCGGGUAUAGAUCGGCGGCGAUUGUUUUUGCGACGGGCGGGAGGAAAGGUCCCCCAAGCUGGAGCGGAGACCAAAAGCCAGAGAACCACGGUCAGCCUUUCAGCACAAAAGCAACAGAAGAAAAAGAGGCGGGCUGGCAAGCGCUCGGUUGCUCCAGACAAUCAGCCACUAACAGCUUUAGCGUGAUGGGCCAGGAUGGGGCACGGUGGAUGAGCAACGAGCGAGGGAACUUGCGAAUCUCUGACGUGCUAAACAACAAGGAAUGUGGGCAUUCAUCGGAUCUGAAGGGGAAAGAUGGAGAUGGAGAUGGUGAGAAUGCACUUACAGUACAAGAAGUUAGUCUGAGGUCAUGGCACACUCAAGCCCUUCUCUCAAUCCUUCCAUUUCCUGCGAGGGAACCAGCGAAAUGCGAGGGAAUCGGAAGGAAAUGA